ACGUAAAAUAAAUAAUAUUGACAAAACAUUGACACUUACCAAAACCAUUUUACACGUGUUUAAUAGAUUGUGUAGGCAUCUACGCCUAUCGCAAAUUAUUUUUUGUUAUAAAGUUUUAAAUAGAAAAGCAUUUAUUAAAAAUGGCAGCACGCUGUACCGAUUUACCACUUUUACCCGGCUACUCGUUCGACCCAAAGAUUGGUAGAAAAAAAUUUAAUAAGGAAAAUGUAUUUGAUUAUAUUGGACCUGGAAAUAGAGCGCUAAUCGAAAAAGUUACGCCAAAUCUGUUUGGUCCCUUGGGUGACAGGUAUCCAUCCUUAUAUCCAAGAGGAGAAGUUCCUGAAAUACCGGCAUGGAUUGCUUACGAUAAACAGAUCCUUCGUUUUGAUGCGUUCUUCAGAGAAACCUUACAAGAAUUUAGAGGUGGACAUUACCUCAUUCGAAAAGUGCGAAUAUAUUUUUUCCUUGAAGAUGGCACAGUUCAAGUUGCCGAACCAAAAACGGAUAAUAGCGGUAUCCUUCAAGGGACUGUCAUUAGUAGACAACGAAUACGUCUUCCGGCUCCCAUGGAUGCCAAUUUUUACGACAUUACUGAUUUUAAUGUCGGUAGAGAAGUAGAAUUUUAUGGAAGAGUUUUUAAAAUUGUCGACUGUGACAAAUUUACUAGGGUAUUCCUCAACAGGGUUGGAAUAUCGGUACCUGAUCCAAUCCCGAUGCCGGAUGAUCCUUACAUGAAAAUGAGAUCUAAAGAGGGAGAAGCCAGUUUGCCCAAAAAACCUAAUCGAAAAGUAGAUAAAUUGGGACAAUUUUUAGCAAACGAUCAAAAGGUCCUUAGGUUUUACGGAUAUUGGGACGAUCAAGAAACGCAAUUUGGUUAUUUCCACAAUUUGGAAAUCCACUUUUACCUUGCGGACGAUACAAUAGAAAUCAAAGAACUUCCAGACAGCGCAGGUUCUCAUACCGGAUUCAUGUUUUUAAGUCGUGAGAAACUGCCAAAAGUUUCCCACGGACUUCCGGCACCAGGUGCCCAAGACACCAGUAUCCUUCUGAACGUCCUGGGAGAAAAAGCAUCCGAAAUGCGAUACUUAAACGACGCAUUAAAUUGCGGUAAAGAAGACGUUGCCUACUACAUGGACAAUGAUCUUACCAUUGGUGGGGUUAUUAACGUUUAUGGAAGAAAAGUUGUGCUAACUGAUUGCGAUGAGUAUACCAAACAAUAUUAUAUGGCUAAAUACGGCGUUAAUGACUUUACUCCUCCUGAAAAACCAGAGGAUAGAGAUGCCGCUACGGAAGAUAUGUUAUCGAAAAAGAGGGAACUGCCUCCUUGGAAUGGGUAUGGUACAUAUGAAGAUUCGGCGCAAAAUUGUAUCUCUCUUGAACCCAAGGGUCCAAAACGAGAUUUUACGAAAUUUCUCAAACUUGAUAGGAUUGGCAUGGACAGCCACAUUUUAAGAUUUGCGGCAAGAAUGAUAUCGAAAAUACCAGAAAACUGUACAAGGAAAUUCAUAAUAAAUUAUUACUUAAACGAUGAUACACUUUCAGUAUUCGAAAUAGCAGAGAGAAAUUCAGGAUUCGCCACCAAUCAGUUCCUUGGAAGAGGGCCCGUAAUGCUUCCUGGUCAAGCAAUAUUUGUGAGUGACCCUCCGAAGAAUUACACAGCGCAACACAUGUAUAUAGGGGCGACACUGCUAAUAAAUUCUUUUAAAUUUGUACUAGUAGACGCUGAUGAAUACGCUUUACGUUACAUGGAAAUUAAUUCAAACGAGUUUCCAAAAUCAGACAUAAACAUCGUAAUGGACAAGGUACGGCAAGCAUUAAAGCCAAUUUACAAAGACUUUGUAGCAGAAAAUUUACCAGUUGAAACCCCUGUUAUAACAUAUGAAAAAUUAAGGGAUAAAAUUUGUAAAAUAUUGGGAAAAGAUUUCACAGAACACGAAAUGGUCACAAUAUCAAGGGCAUUUUCGGCUAAUUGUUUUAAACCGAGGUACAGCAGAGAAGACAUAAGGGCGAUAACCCUAACCGAACUGAAGAGACAAUUAUGGGACGAUAUUGAGAGAGUGACAGAAUACUUUAAAGCUCGAGAUCCAUGUAGAACAGGGAUUUUACCCCGAAAAGAAUGCUACACUUUAUUAAGAGCUUGUAGAUUACCCCUUGAUAAAGUUCUUAUUGAGAGAAUUCUCGAUGAGAUGAAAAAAGAUGAAAAUUGCAACAUAUAUUACAACGAUCUGUUAGACUUUUUAAAUAGGGAAAAAUGCGGCAUGAUUGAUGUAAUACCCAUAAAUAUUAAGAAUGAAUUAUGGUUCGAUUCGGAAAGGGUGCCAAGAGCUGGAUCUCUAAUAGAUUGGUGUGCCUUCAAUAAAUUUUUAGAUUUGGAAAAAACAUUUCAAGAAGGAAUUGGUCCAAUAGAACACCAUUAAAUUUACAGUUUGGAUAAAACUAAAAAAAUCAUAUACUCAUUUUAUACAAUUCAUAUCGAAAUGAAUAAAUGUCUUAUCAGAAUGUGUUAUACAAUUUGCAUUUGCCUAUGUGAUAAUUUGUUAUUUAUACGUAAA